UCGUUCAAAGACCGUCAAACGCCAUGGAAGGCAUGUGGACCACUGUGCUGCGCGCGAACCGUCGGAUGACUUGUCGGAAUCGGGGUCAUCAAAUGGCAUGAAAUAGGAGAGGGCGGCAUGAGUAUACCUACGGAGAAUAAGGUGUCAGCGGCCUAUUGCAUUACAAAGCGGUUAGAAUAUGACUUGCAUGGCUGCUUGCCUCCAAUGUGCUCGAAGCAUCGGCGGACAGAGCAACGAUCCUACCAGGACCAAAAGAGAGUCAACUUGCAGGGUGGUAGCACGGCCAUCGUGAUGAGGCUUGUAAGGGCGCCAAGACUAUUGCGCCACGAGGAUUCGGGCCUCUGUGGCUGCCCGCAUCGUGCCUCCGCACUAGCCGGCACAACCGCGGAACGUCGGGCGAAUGCCUCUGCCUUGUGCAACAGCUUGCCCAAAUACACCACAAAGCCCACCGACCCCCGCUACAUACCGCAUGAUAAUAAACUUUCUUUGCAUAGGUUUCACGUGUCCAAGGAAGGGCACGAGACGUUCGAUGAGCCUCUGCGCACGUCACAUGGUAGACUUGGCUUAACCCCACCAAUUCAAACAACUCGCCGAAACGACCAGCCAGCUGGCAACGACACAUCUUGCAUUCGGCCCCGUCAAAAAAUGACCUAAGCGUUCCCAGAGAAUCACACCCUUUUACGACCUUCAAACUCAAAUUCCUCCGAUGCCGAAACAUCUAGAGAUAUUGGUGCUCAGCAAAGAGGCUCAAGACAUGAUAAUAAACCUGGAUUUAUGGCUUGCAGAAAAUGAACAAUACAAGCCGGCCGAUUCGAUGAAAUACUUUAACGAGUGUGUUAGUGAAGGGGUGGAACAUAAAAUUAUCCCUUUAGGUGAUGAGGUAGCCAAGGGAAUUGCAAUAGUGCACAAAAGCGCACCGGCCUAGCAACACCAAGGAAUCCU